AUGGCCAAAUUGGAAAAUUUGGUGUUGUGCAAGAUAUAUCAAACGAGAAUGAAGCCCAAGAACAACCAAAGCUCCAUGCACCACAAUGUGGUGGAUUACAGUUUGCCAAGCUGUGCAAACACCAGUGGUGCCUAUUCCUCAGAUUCUGCUGUGGGUGAGAGAGAACAUGUUAAAGCCAUGUGA